CCAGAGGACACGUCAUUCAUGUGCGACGGUGAAACGCCCCUACGCUACCUAGAAGAUGGACGUCGAGCCGAUGUAGGCAUUGCGAGUGGCAUAUCUAUAUUUUAUAUAACCGUGCAAGUUUACUCCAGACACGCUAUUAAUAUGACGUUAUAGUAAUAACAAACUUAUGUUACUGAAUAUGGCUGAACAUUUUCAUUCAUCAUCGUCAGUAUAUUUGGCUUUCUAGCUAGCAGCACGGAGUCAACUAACGUUAGCUUGCCUGCAGUGCUAACGUAGCUAGCCAGCUAGUUAUUUUUUUAGGGCUUAACUAACGUCAGUGAGCUAGCUAGCGAAGUUGUCAAUAACUAAGUUGACGCAUUGGGAUCACUAUGAUAAUGACAGGUAUGUAGGACUGCUUAAGGCUAGCUACUUCUCUUUCACGUUAGACUAACUAGCUAAUAGCUAGUUCGAACGAAUUUGCUAGCUUCUGAAGUUGCGUUCUUCUCAGGCGGCGCUAGCUGGUCACCGUAGUAACUACCUAGCUAUGACAUGCAGGCGAGGAAAUUGUAAUAGCGGCAUGGAUUCUCAUUUGAGUAGCAAUAGCACAACCGGUGGUGCUAAUCGUAAACAAAGUAUAAUCAACGCCCCAAACAGAUCCGGGACUGAGCCUUGUUAUGAUCGUAAAGUAGGGAAGGCUGAGUAUGGGCACCAAGCAUGCCAGGGCAACAUGACUGUAUCCUCACUGAAGACACGUCUAGCCCCGACCAUUCAAACCACGUUAUCCGCUGCUGUGGAUACCCUCUUGGGCGAAGUAGUACUUGUACUAAACGAGACCCAACAAGAGCUGGUUAACAAGGAGCAGGAGAACGAAAGACUCAAAGUGGAAUUGAGGACUUUACAGGAAUGCCUUAGCAGCGCCCAAAAGUUAAUCGACCAGUUGCAAAUUCCUUUCCCUGGUGCACAGACCAUGGGUCAGUCGGUUUUCGCCCCGUCUCUCACAUCUAUUGGCUCUAUGGACAGGGACCGCCAGAGCCACCGUAAUGUGAACGGUGCGGAUGGCCGGUGUGUUUCCGGGGUCGACCUAGAGAUGGGUGGCUCUCUCAGUGAGUCUCUGCAUGGUUAUGACUCCAGGGAUGACUAUAAAAUGUGUCAGCUCUCAAUCCAAUCAGAUGGCUCUGUGACCAACCAUUCUAUGGACUCCUAUGCUGCCAACGCACCUAACAUCUGCUCCGACCCCAGCCGGCCAGAUGAGAGGCGGCAGCAGGGGACCCAAGCAGUAGGACCAAGGUUUGAGAUCAAAGAAGAGCAGGGGCCAGGUCCAAGUUCAGGUCCAGGGCAGGCCUGCAGUAGAGGCCCAGGGCUGAGGAGCGCCGGGGGUGCUGGUGGUGAGCAGACUGCCUCGAAUGUGGGUGAUCUGGGAUACAUCCAUGUGGUGGAGCAGGAGGGGUCAUUGCGCUCCAGCAGCUACUCUCUCCGCCACCCAAAACCCACGCGGCCACGUGCUGCUACCUUUGGUCCGGCUCAGGGGGGACUGGCAGGACAGAAAGCGGUGUUGAGGUCCCCUGGAGCAGUAGGAAGUGACAUGUCCCCAGGUAGGGCAGGAGAGACAGCAGGACCAUCCACCUCUCCAGGAGACCCAGACACAGAUCGCCCCCACCAUUGUCUGGAGUGUGGGAAGACCUUCCGCCUCAUUUCCAGCCUGAAGAAGCACAUCCGUAUCCACACAGGAGAGAAGCCCUACCCAUGUGGGGUGUGUGGCCGCCGCUUCCGUGAGUCGGGGGCCCUGAAAACCCACCUUCGCAUUCACACCGGCGAGAAGCCCUAUUCCUGCUCUGAUUGCCCUAAAAUCUUCCGCCACCUAGACGGCCUGCGCAAGCACCAGCGCACCCACACUGGUGACAAGCCCUAUGUGUGUGCCAUCUGUGGCAAGCGUCUGAGCCGACUGCAGCACCUGAAGCACCACCAGCGCAUCCACACCGGAGAGAAACCCUGCAGCUGCCCCUUCUGCAACCGCACUUUCAAGGAGCCGGCGGCAUUGCGCAAGCACGUCCGCACUCACCGUGAAGAGUCUGUUCACAUGGAGGCAGGCAUGGGCGACGACCCGGACCCAGACGCCCUGAACAACAUCAACAGCCUCCACCCUGCUGCCCCCUCCCCUCAGAUGAGGUUUGAUGAGUGGGGAGCCGAAGGGGACGAUGUGGACUGUGUGUAGGAUGGUGUCAUCCUUCUGUCUACUGCCUACAGCAUUAGAACAUGACGUUUAAAGAGUCUUCCUAUUCCAUUACUGUACUGUGUGAGGAAGUCUCCAUUCCUUCCCUGAGAAACAGGCUAUCUAUCUACACCCUUAGUGUUGUCCAGUGACCAGGGUAGCCUAUUAAUUUCAGAGACACUUCAUGUGCCUGUCUGACCCUUUGACAUAUCUAUCCUUUAGUGCUUUAUAAUCUUAGAAAUGUGAAAGUAGUUUAUAUAAGAUGAAAUGUACCUAUGUAUCAUGUUCCCCCCUUCUCUCAUUGCUAAUGACCCUCCUAUACAACUCCAACAACCUACCUAAACUGUGUUUGAAUACUCAUACUAAACAUAUUUGUGACGUAAAUUGAGUAUGUAGUAUGCUUUUUGGUCAUAGUAUGGAUAUAGUAAGAAUGCCAAAAGUUCCCGAAUGUUGUACUACAUUUGCCAAAAUACGAAGUAUACAAGCUGUGGACACUAUUUCUGUGCUUUUAGGGCCCAUAAUGCAAUUCUUUAGGAAAUGGGUGUAGCUUCACAACAUUUUCAGAUUUGAAGAAAAUGUAGGAAAAUAGGCAGCUGAAGUCCGACGAGAGCGGAAACAAAUUCAUUGCUUUAACUAAUUAUGACAAAUGUUAAGAAAAUGUUGACCAAUGUAAUAAAGUAAUUACUUUUCAAAUUACGAACUGCAUAGCGUAUCAUUACACAGUUGCUUGUAUGUACUGGUAUGUUAUCUAGCUAGCUACCUAACGUUAGUUGGCUGCUAACAAGAUAGCAAGAACUUGCGUAACAAAAGCAUCAACUUCCAGUAGACAGGCGAAGCGCUAGUACACUCAACUGAAAGGAUACCGUUCGUUUACAGUAUACUAAAAUGAACUAAUAGUAUGUAGUAUAUACUCAUUAAGUAUGUAGUAUACAGUAUGUUAGUAUGGGUUUUCAAACACAGCUCUAGUGUAUAACAGCCAUGUGUCCGCUGGAAAUACAAAUCCUGUAAGGUGCUCGUCAUAUGUAUUUUGAGAUUGAAUGGAGUUUUAUGCAACCAUGUCCAAAGACCAUUUAAUGGAAAUUUAACAACAGUUAAUUUGCUACCAUUAUUGCCACCGCCAUGGUGACAUUAAACAGAGAUUCAGCAUUGUGACAUUACCAUAAACAACUGCAACUUCAGAGAGAGUGCAAGGCCUUACUAGCACCUACCCCACACAGAUACUGAUAAACAGCUGCAUAUAUGUACCAGCCGGGAAAUCCCUCUUUCAUGCAACGUGAUAGCUGUGUGGUAAUGCUGCGCACAUUAGCCUCUUGCUUCCUACUCUCUUUGUUUUUGUCAGAAGUUGCUACUAAUAGUCAUGUCAUAUUGCUGAAUGUACCUUUAACUAUUAAUCCCACUAUGUAAUGUAAAUAUGUAAUCACUUGCAAUUCUUCCUGGUAUUGAUUGUCCCAUUCAGACAGAAAAGGGGAACCAUCUCUUAUCUGAAGGAGUGUCUGUCUGAUCAGAGCAUAGCAGAGUACACUUCAAAUUUCAGCCUUUUAAAGCUGUCAAUCUCUUUCCCAGCGUAUGAUCCUUGUGAACCAGACUUGGUCCAUCUGCAAUUAUGGAAAAUGUACAUUACUGUUGACAAUAUUGAAAAUAUGCUUUAAAAUGCACAGCUGGAGUUACAUCCAGCAUACGUAGUGGGUUCUCUGGACCCAAGGUAACAGGGUCAUGUACCGCAUUCAGUGGUUAUUUUUGCACGCCAAUAUUGAACAAAUUGUUAUAUUUUUCUUCCUGCUAAGUCUUUGGUAUGAAAUGUUCAAGAACAUGACUUUGUUAUGACUUGUCCUCCUGUUUAAAAUGUAUUUUUCACCCAUCUGAUGCAUCCAGUUACUUUGUCUUAAUGUUACCUAUUAAAGGGCCUUUGUUGAUA